UCAGCAGCGGGAGGAUGGACGGAGAAGCACGGCCGCUUCUGUGUGACUGACAGGUGGGUCACACAGUGUGUGGAGCCUCGGCGUGGACGGUCCAUGUGUUUUCCUCUUCUCGCUGUGUUGUGCGGCUCCACAGUGGAACAGCAGCGGCCGCACUGCGGCGCUACAGGUGCACACAGGCUGCCCGUGCACACGCGGCCGUGUCCUUCACAAGAACACAAGGUCUCUGCAGACAGAAGACCUACUGAAAUCCUCCUUACCCAAAAACCAUAGAAGAAGUAACAGGGAGGAAGGAUGGACUCUAUCUCUAUGAUGGGUGGAAGCAGGAGCCAAAUGUUCCUCACAGCCUCCUCCUCUCACCAGCUCCAUCACACCCAGGCCUAUUUCCUGCCCAACAGCGUUAAGAAUGGAGUUGGAGACACUGGCACCACUUGUGUGUCUACCCAGCCUACAGUGGCCAUCCUGGGCUCAGGUGACUUCUCCAAGAGCCUGACCAACCGCCUGCUGCGCCGUGGUUUCCACGUGGUGGUGGGCAGCCGCCAUCCCAAACUGGCAGCCCAGUCAUUUCCCCAUGUGGUGGACGUGACACACCAUGAAGACGCUGUGGGGAAAGCCAGUAUCGUGUUCCUGGCAAUCCGACGUGAGCAUUACGCUGUCCUGUGGGACCUCAAACAUCUACUGGAAGGAAAGAUCCUGGUGGAUGUGAGUAAUAACAGGAGGGUGAACCAGUAUCCAGAGUCAAACGCUGAAUAUCUGGCUUCACUGCUGCCGGACUCUAUAGUGGUCAAAGGCUUCAACGUCAUCUCAGCAUGGGCCAUGCAGCAGAGCUGCCCUAAAGAUGCCAGCACACAGGUGUUCAUCUGCAGUGACUCAGUGGAGGCUCGACAGCAAAUUAUGGAGUUAGCCCGCCAGCUUAACUUCCAGCCCAUGGAUAUGGGCACCCUGUCUUCUUCAAGGGACAUUGAGAACAUGCCCAUACAGUUAUUUCCUGGUUGGAGGGGCCCAGUCCUCGCUGCUGUGGCCCUCUCUAUCUUUUUUUUCGCUUACUCUUUUGUACGAGAUAUCAUCCACCCAUAUGUGAAAUACAAGCAGAGUGACUUUUACAAGAUCCCCAUUGAGAUAGUCAAUCGGACACUGCCCACUGUUGCUAUCACUCUUUUGGCCCUUGUGUACCUGGCAGGCCAGCUGGCUGCUGCCCACCAGCUCUACUACGGUACUAAGUACAGACAUUUCCCACAUUGGCUGGAGGGCUGGCUGCAGAGCCGGAAACAGAUGGGCCUCCUCAGCUUCUUUCUGGCAGCUGUGCACGUUCUCUACAGCCUCUGUCUGCCCAUGAGGAGAUCUGAGAGGUACCUGAUGCUCAACACUGCCUACCAGCAGGUCCAUGCUAACGUGGAGAAUGCGUGGAAUGAGGAGGAGGUGUGGAGGGUGGAGAUGUAUGUUUCCUUUGGGAUCAUGAGUCUUGGGCUCCUCUCACUUUUGGCCAUCACCUCCAUUCCAUCCGUCCACAGUAUGCUCAACUGGAGGGAGUUCAGCUUUAUACAGUCCACUCUGGGCUACAUUGCCCUGCUCAUUGCCACCUUCCAUGGUCUGCUGUUUGGCUGGAAGCGGGCCUUUGAGGAGGAGGCCUACCGUUUCUACCUGCCCCCCAGCUUCGUGGUGGCCCUGGCCCUGCCGGUGUGUGUGAUCCUGGGAAAGGUGGUGAUUCUGCUUCCCUGUGUUGCCUGCAAGCUCCAUCGGAUCCGCCGAGGAAUGGAUAGCUGUCAGUACCGGUGCCAGCGCCUGGAGCCAGUGGGUUCAGCUGCCCAUGUUUCACCUGAGAGAGUCACCAUCAUGUGAUCACUGCAGCACAGAGCCUUCUGCUCCUUUGCUGAGGGUUUUACACAUACAGCCACAUGCCAUAUAAACAAACAAAGAUGUAAAAGUAAAUUGUUCUCACUUUUUUGUUGUGAACAGUGUUUCCUGACAUGUGAAUUGCGUACUUGUGUGGAUGUGUUCCAGAUGUUUGCCCAAACUGUAAAACUGAAUAUUAUUUCCUCGACAUUGUCCUAUCAAUAUGCUCCAAGUACCUGCCAACAUUUUCAACCUGUCCUUUAGUGUUGCCAGACAAUUCACUCAGACACACAUUCGUCAUUAAUGAAAAGGGUAAGACUGCAAAUUUUCCACGCUUUACUAGUUCUACUAGUUCUGCUUGUGAAAGCAAUAGUGUUAAACAAGUCUGAGAAAGUAACCCCAAUGAUGUCACAGGGUGGAGACAAGAGAUUUAACAAAGAUUUGUGUUUACCAGUCAGGGACGUUUAAUGAAAAGACACUGCUGAGUCUCUCUUCUGAUUGGGAAACUUUUCUGAGUGAUGUAUCGGCCUGUCACAGGUAAAACAUCAUAAUCUACAACUGCAGUUUGAUAAAACUCAUGGAAACAAUGGUCAGUGCUUAGAAAUAUCUCAUUUUCUACAAUGUUCAAUCAAUCAAUCAAUCAAAUUUAUUUAUCACAACAAACAGUUGUCUCAGGGUGCUGCACAAAAGUCCAAGAUCUUAAGAAAGACAAAAUCCAACUUGUUCCACACCGAGCUAGCAUGAGCAACAGCGGGGAGGAAAAACUACCAGGUGGAAGAAACCUCUAACAGAACCGGGCUCGGUGUGGAUGGCCUCUGCCAGGACUGGUUGGGGUGAGUAGAGAAAAAAAAAUAGGGGAACAAAAGGAAAUAAAGCCCGGGAAUCUCAACGUGGACGUUGGCAUGGUCUUCCAAGGGCGUGUUGGUCCCCCCGGGCACUCCUGCCUCCCUCAUGUUGAACCUUUAGUUAUGAACAGUACUAGUAUUUCUACUUGAAGUUUGACACAUUUCUUUUCAGUAAUGUUUUUCAUUCUUACAACCUCAAUAAUUUCAUACUGAAUUGGAAUAUGUGUAAGUAGAAGAAAUCUUUUUCUUUCUUUUUUUUAAGUUUGAGUGCAUUACUAGUUAUUAUCUCAUUCUGCUUAACUUGUUCUCAUUUUUACAAAGAUGUCAACAAACAUUUUAAGUUAUUUGUUGAUUCUGCAUUAUAACUUUGUUGCUAUGGUUUUUCUGCCCUUCGUGACUGUGUUACUGUAACGGUUAAUAUUGUGUCUAUCUGUCAUGUUCUAAUCAGUGAGAUCCAUGGCUUCAAUUGACAAUUCAUGUUUGUACACCCUGCAGCAGCAGUCUUAAUGGUGAAGAUAUUUGUGUCGCUUGCCAUGUGUUGCUAGUACAAUGCCAGUACAGUUAGUUAUGCUGCUUAGUCAAAAACAGUGUCAGGGCAACAUCAGUUUGUCUCAUCAUCGUACAGGUAAGGUCUGAUCAUUUUCACUGUGUAAGAUGUGUGUGACUUUUCCAUCAGCGCCGUUGGGUGUAAUGCUGAUGUUAAUCUCUUAUGUUCGAUGUGCUGCAUCAACAUGAAUAAAG